GGCUCCGGCCUUCGGCGCCGGCGGUUAGGUGUGGAGACUGCGGACGCGGCCUGGAGCGGGUGGUUCACCAGCUCCCCACCCGGCCGCAACUAUGUCCGGCUCCUCGAGCAGCGGCCGCAAGUCGCCGAUGCACUCUAGUGUCUUCCAAUCGAAGAAGUCUAUUAGCUUUACUGAAAAAGCCAAAGACUCUCUGAAGAAAGGACAUGCUGGUGCAAAUCAGAGUAGAAUGGGUGUAUCAAGAAACUUAAUUAUUGUACCUGAGAUGAAAAUGACAGAAAAAGUGAAUGUUGCCAGCACUAAGAUAAUACAGGUGCUGGAUAAAAACGGGGUUGAUGUUACUCCCAGGCCUCUUUACUGUGCAGACCUGCACGCAGCAAAGCCGAACAAACUGCUGUCGUCCCAGGAAGGCUUGCUCAGCUCGGAUAUUCUCGCCUCCUAUAGCAUGUAUCAGAACACAAUGAAUCGCAGUACAAUGGGCCAGUUUACACGGUCAGCUUUAGGAAGCAGUACAGUUUCUAAGUCAAGUAUGUCAACAACUGUGUCAAUGGCAGAAGACCUAGAAGAACCAUCCUAUAAACAUGAAAAAUUGGCUAGUUUUACAGAUAUGCGGGUUAUGAGGGCAGCCCCUGAAACAGCCAUAACCAAAGAAGACCUAGAGAAGAAUAUAGAGAUCCUACUCACAGAGACAGACACGCUGAGAUUUUUUGACCUGCCAACAGUCAUGAUCUCUGUAGAAUCUGAAGAAGCAGAGAAAGUCAUCCAUAGAAAUAACAAAUAUGAGACCCUCUGUAGAAACAGAGCUGGCAAUGACUUAUACGUUGAGCGGAUGAUGCAGACUUUCAAUGGCGCACCGAAAAAUAAAGAUGUGCAGUGUGACAAAAUUAUACUGGAGGACCAGGGUGUCAUGGCCACGGCCUGGGAUCUCUAUGACUCCUACAAUGCGCUGGAGCUCGCCUUAGCAGCAAAGCCGUCUGCAGUAGACUCGAGCAGCAAAGCGAAUGCCCUUUCCAAAGAUCGGGACCACACACUGCCAGGGAGCGCCACAGACAAAACUAGUGAGACAAGCUCUCUGAUGGAUUUAGAAAGUGUAAUUCUGACCAAAGUCCACGAAGACGAAGAAGACCAUGCUGACACAAUAAUGAAAUCUGACAAGUUUCUUCAGGACUUAUUCUUCAUGGAACGGGUGCUGAUGGAAAACAUAUUCCAGCCGAAGCUUGCAGCUUAUCGUCAGCUUCCUGUAUUAAAAGAACCUGAGCCUGGAGAGCCUGAAGAUGUUUUAGAAGGGGAAAAAGUUGAAGAAGUGGAAGAAGUUAAGAAGGAGGAGGAAGAAGAAAUAGAAAUAAGUACAGAACAAUCCACAAUCCCAGCCAACUUGGAGCGGCUGUGGUCCUUCUCCUGUGACUUAACCAAAGGUCUUAAUGUGAGCAGCCUUGCCUGGAAUAAGACAAACCCAGACCUUCUGGCUGUUGGGUAUGGACAUUUUGGAUUUAAGGAGCAAAGAAGAGGGCUGGCCUGCUGCUGGUCAAUAAAGAAUCCCAUGUGGCCAGAACGUGUUUAUCCGAGUCCAUACGGAGUCACUGCUGUGGAUUUCUCGAUCGGGACGCCUAACUUGCUAGCAGUCGGCUACUACAACGGCACAAUUGCGAUUUAUAACGUGCAGAGCAGUAGCAAUGUUCCCGUUCUGGACAGCAGUGAAUCACCUCAGAAACACGUGGGACCUGUGUGGCAGCUGCAGUGGAUCGAGCAAGAUCGGGGAUCCACGGGUGACGAUAAAAGGGAAUUCCUAGUUUCCAUCUCAGCAGACGGAAGGAUCUCCAAGUGGGUUAUACGGAAAGGCCUGGACUCCCACGAUUUGAUGCGAUUAAAACGAACUACCAUCAGCAGCAACAAAAAAGGCGACAAGGAGAAAAAAGGGGAGGCUUUAAUAUCCCGGCAGGCUCCUGGGAUGUGCUUUGCUUUCCAUCCCAAGGACACAAAUAUCUAUUUGGUUGGCACUGAAGAAGGUCAUAUUCACAAAUGUUCUUGUUCGUAUAAUGAACAAUACUUAGAAACCUAUAGAAGACAUAAGGGCCCGGUGUAUAAAGUGACAUGGAACCCGUUUUGUCCUGACACAUUCUUAAGCUGCUCAGCAGACUGGGGCAUCAUGGUGUGGCAACAGGAGCACCUCCAGCCCUUCCUGAGCUUUUAUCCAACCACUCACGUUGUGUAUGACGUCGCCUGGUCUCCAAAAUCCUCCUAUAUAUUUGCAGCUGCCAAUGAGAGCAGAGUGGAGAUUUGGGAUCUCCAGAUGAGCACCUUAGACCCUCUGAUUGUAAACAUCGCUAACCCGGGAAUCAAGUUCACGACUGUCCUCUUUGCCAAGCACACAGAUUGCCUUCUGGUGGGAGACAGCGAUGGGCAGGUGGCGGUGUAUGAGCUGAGAAACAUGCCCAGCGCUUCGGACUCUGGCCGGGGAGAUACAAUAAAUGCUUUGCUUGGGUGCAAGUCCAACCAACCAGGAUAAUUCAACAUUCUAAUAUCUUUUUGCUGUUGUUUAAAGAAAAAGAAACGGUGUUUACUAGUCAGUACAUUGUAUUCUCUGUUGUAGCCUGGGGGAUUUUGAUUUCAGAAAAUAAUAUUUGAUGCCUAAAUUGCACUUAAAUUCGGUGAACUUUUAGUGAGGAAAUAUGGAAUUAGGUUGCAAUGUAAGCUAAGAGUUAUUCUAAGAAAGGGUUGUUUGAAUUUUCUACUUUUUAGUCACAUCUGAAGCACAAAUGUGUAUAUAUGUGAACUUAUAAACAUCCAAGCAGGUUAGAAAAACUGUUUCUUUAGAGGCAGAACUUGGGAAUUUUUAGAAUUAUUUAAAGUGAAACU